AUGAUAAUGCGCCUUUCCAAAGCCCUAAUAGACAUGGAGAUGGCAGAUUAUAGCGCAGCGCUAGACCCGGCAUAUACCACUCUGGAGUUUGAGAACAUGCAGGUGCUGGCUAUGGGCAACGACACGUCUCCAUCAGAAGCAGCCAACCUCAACACCUCCAACAGCAUUGGGGUGAGCGCGCUGUGUGCCAUCUGCGGGGACCGUGCCACAGGGAAGCAUUACGGGGCUUCCAGCUGCGAUGGCUGCAAAGGCUUCUUCAGGAGGAGCGUCCGGAAGAACCACAUGUACUCCUGCAGGUUUAACAGGCAGUGUGUGGUAGACAAAGACAAAAGAAACCAGUGCCGAUACUGCAGGCUUUUGACUCAACCAAAAUACUCUCUUGCAGCUGUACAAAACGAACGGGACCGAAUCAGCACCCGGAGAUCAAGUUAUGAAGACAGCAGCUUGCCCUCCAUCAAUGCCUUGCUGCAGGCAGAAGUCCUGGCACAACAGAUAUCAUCCCCGGUUCCGGUGAUCAAUGGAGACAUCCGAGGGAAGAAGAUUGCCAACAUCUCCGACGUGUGCGAGUCCAUGAAGCAGCAGCUGCUGGUGCUGGUGGAGUGGGCCAAGUACAUCCCUGCCUUCUGCGAGCUGCCCCUGGACGACCAGGUAGCCCUGCUGCGAGCACACGCAGGAGAACAUCUGUUACUGGGAGCUACCAAGAGGUCCAUGGUGUUCAAGGAUGUCUUGCUGCUAGGAAACGACCACAUCAUCCCGCGGAACUGCCCCGAACUGGUGGAGGUGAACCGCGUAGCCAUCCGCAUCCUGGACGAGCUGGUUCUCCCCUUCCAGGAGCUGCAGAUAGACGAUAAUGAAUAUGCCUGCUUGAAAGCCAUCAUCUUCUUCGACCCAGAUGCCAAAGGGCUGAGCGACCCCUCCAAGAUCAAGCGGAUGCGGUACCAGGUGCAGGUCAGCCUGGAGGACUACAUCAAUGACCGGCAAUACGACUCACGGGGCCGCUUCGGGGAGCUCCUGCUGCUGCUGCCUGUGCUGCAGAGCAUCACCUGGCAGAUGAUAGAACAGAUCCAGUUUGUCAAGCUCUUCGGCAUGGCUAAGAUCGACAACCUGCUGCAGGAGAUGCUGCUGGGAGGCUCAUCAAGUGAAACACCGCAUGCUCACCACCCCCUGCACCCUCAUCUGAUUCAGGAGAACCUGGGAACGAACGUGAUUGUGGCCAACACAAUGCCUCCUCAGAUGCACAAUGGGCAGAUGUCUACUCCAGAAACCCCACAGCCAUCUCCACCUGCGGGCUCAGGACCAGAGCAAUACAAGCUGCUGCCCGGAGCCAUUGCAACCGUGGCAAAACAGCCCACCUCCAUCCCGCAACCCGCCAUCACGAAACAGGAGGUCAUCUAG